ACUUUACCUUGGAGUAACUACAUUUCUUGUUAUUGUACGCUUUCUCGCCUUCAAUGGCGGGGACCCGCUUGUGUUUGUUACCCUCAUCACUCCCCAGCUUCUUGUCCUUCUUACUUAUUUUAAUUCCUCCCACUCCCACUCCCCUAUCUUCGAUUUCACCAGAUUUUAUUCACUUGUUCUUCAUGUUCCUCGUUUUUCUUCUUCUGGGUUUUCUGUUUAUUUGCUCCAAACCACAGAUUUCGUUGGUUUCGAGUUGUAAUCCUUAAUGGGGUUUGGUUUCUCUGUUUCUCUCUGUCUCAGUUCAUCUGGGGUUUGGUUGAUUUUGAUGAAACUCUGAAACUAGGUCGAUUUUGAGUUGAAAUCGGUGCGGAUUUGAGAAUUUUUGUUGGGUUUCUUCAUUUUCUUCUCGUUUUUCUGUUUUGAUUCAUUUUCUGAAACUGAGAAACUUCAUUGAUUCUGAGUUGAACUCUGUUUCUUCUUCUUCUUGUUCUUCUGCGAUUGGGUUCUGAUUCAAAUGCAGAAAACAAAUGAGAAACAUGAUGGAUUUUGAGUUCAAAUUAGUGUGGAUUUGAGAAUUUUUGCUUGGAUUCUUCGUUUUCUUCUCGUUUUUUCUGUAAUGGGUAUUUCUGAUUCAUUUUCUGAAACUGAGAAACUCCAUUGAUUCUGAGUUGAACUCUGUUUCUUCUUGUUCUUCUGCGAUUGGGUUCUGAUUCAAAUACAGAAAAAAACUGAGAAAUCUGAUGGAUUUUGAGUUCAAAUUAGUGUGGAUUUGAGCAUUUUUGCUGGGUUUCUUCGAUUUCUUCCCGUUUUUCUGUAAUGGAUAUUUCUGAUUCAAAUGCUGAUAAGAACAGAGAAACUUGAUGGAUUUUGAGUCGAAAUCCUCUUAAUCGAGGACGUUUUCGCCUCUGUUCUUCGGUUCUGAUAAAAGUUCUGCAGAUUUUGAAUUGAAAUCUCAACGGGGUUGAUUCCGAGUUUCAAUUCCGGCAAGUUUUCACAAAUCAAUGGCCGGAAUGUUGCCGGGAGUAGAAUGCGCCAGAAGGCGGCGGUUCCACCAGAGCAUAACCUCAUCGGACUCGCCGUCCACGGCGGCGAAAUUAGGAUCCACAAGAAGGCCGUCGUUCUGUUUGUACACGAGCAACCGUGAUUUUCACAUCACUUCAUCAUCAUCAUCAUCUCGUUCACAGCAACGGAGCUCAUCCAAUCAAGCUUACCAGACCGAGAAGCUUGGUGAAAUUGCAAGAGAAGCUAAGGAACGGUUGGAUGAGAGGUUGAAAUCUCAUAGAAAACCUCAAAAUCCAAGAAAAAAGAGUGGAGAAGGGUCGAAAGAAGAAUCAAUAACGAAGAAGAGGUUCACUUGGGGGAAGCUGAUGAAAUGGAAAGCCUCGGAGCAACAAGAGUGCGCUGUUUGUCUGGAAGGGUUCAGAGCGGGCGAGCCGCUGGUCCAUCUUCCAUGUGCUCACAAGUUCCACUCUGCGUGCUUCGUGCCUUGGCUCCAAGCCAAUCACCAUUGCCCUUGCUGCAGAUUUUUUAUAUUCUAAAUAAAAUAAUUUUUAUUUUUGUCU